AGCCUUUCCUGAAUGUGAGCAGCCUAGUAGCUCAGUAGAGGAAGAAACCGGAGACGUCACAUAGAUGCAAGCAGCAGUAGCUGCCUCACCACUAAUCAAUCACACAACAUUAACUAUCUACUACCAGCUAACCCUGCUGCGGUCGAUAUAGUUCGUCUUUGAUUCAUCCUAAAUCGGAAUUUGUAUAUUAGCAUUCAGCAAAGCAGAUAUUUGACGACCUUGGAGCACGAGGGAUCAUCUGAGGGUUACCCAUUUAUUUGUUCCCCUCGUCUUGCAUCCUUCUGGCAGCCUCUUUUAGCAAGCAAGAACGCUCUACCUAGGCUGGCGUCAGGCUAGCCAGCUAGCUAGCUACUCGUAUCUUUCACGGUGGUUAGCUAGCUAGCGAGCGAGCUGUGCUAACUUGCAUCAUGGAUGAAUUACUAGUGGAAGUAAGGGGAACAAGUGGUGCCUUUUAUAAGGCAUUUGUGAAGGAUGUCCAUGAAGGCUCAAUCACGGUUGCAUUUGAAAACAAUUGGCAGCCAGAGCGCCAGAUCCCAUUCCAGGAUGUGCGAUUUCCUCCUCCAACAGGGUUCUGCAAAGAGAUAAAUGAGAGCGAUGAGGUCGAGGUAUAUUCCAGGGCAAAUGACAAGGAGCCAUGUGGAUGGUGGAUGGCCAAAGUUCGCAUGGUCAAAGGAGAGUUUUACGUUAUAGAGUAUGCUGCAUGUGAUGCGACAUUAAAUGAGAUUGUCACACUGGAGCGGUUACGGCCGAUCAAUCCCAACAAACCAGCCACCAAAGCUACAUUCCUCAAGAUCAGACUGGACGUCCCUGAUGAUCUACGGCAGAUGUGCUCUAAGGAAUCAGCACACAAAGACUUCAAAAAGGCUGUGGGAGCAUUCAGUGUCACCUACGACUCUGAGAAGAAGCAGCUGGUCAUCUUGUCAGUGAAUGAGGUCACAGCGAAGCGGGCCAACAUGAUGAGCGACAUGCACUUCAGGAGCCUCCGCACCAAACUGUCUCUCAUGCUGAGGAAUGAAGAGGCCAGUAGACAACUGGAGAGUUCCCGACAGCUGGCGUCACGGUUCCAUGAACAAUUCGCAGUACGUGAUGAUUUAAUGGGGCUCGCCAUCGGGACUCACGGGGCCAACAUUCAGCAAGCCCGGAAAGUCCCUGGCGUCACUAAUAUAGACCUGGAUGAAGAGACAUGCACCUUUCAUAUUUAUGGAGAGGACCAGGAAGCUGUCCGUAUUGCGCGGAGUUUCCUGGAGUUUUCUGAAGAUGUCAUCAAAGUUCCCCGGAACUUAGUAGGCAAAGUCAUUGGGAAGAGUGGUAAACUGAUCCAAGAAGUGGUUGAUAAGUCUGGUGUGGUGCGGGUUCGUAUUGAACCAGAAAAUGACAAAAAGCCUACGGUGGCAUCGCCAUCAAUGGCAGCAACAGCAUCAGCCUCAACAACAGAUGAUGGAAUGGUGCCCUUUGUAUUUGUGGGGACCAAGGAAAGCAUCUCAAAUGCAACAGUACUCCUGGACUAUCACCUCAACUACCUUAAGGAGGUGGACCAGCUUCGUCUGGAGCGUCUUCAGAUUGACGAGCAGCUGAGACAGAUAGGAGGAGCGGGAGGUGUAGGAGGGACAGGCCCACGGAAUCUCAAAGACAAAAGCUACGUGUUUGAUAAUGGCACGAGCCUUGGGAGAGGUGCAGGAGGAGGGAAGCCCUAUGGAGGAGGAGGACGAGGCGGUCGAGGACGAAGAGGAGGGGGUGCUGCUUUUGCCUCAGGCACCAACUCAGAGGCAUCCAAUGCUUCAGAGACUGAGUCAGACCACAGAGACGAGCUCAGCGAUUGGUCCCUAGCUCCCACAGAAGAGCUAAUGACAGGAGGUGGGACAUUGCCAAGACGGACAGAUGGGAGGAGGAGACCGGGUGGGGCAGGACUUCGAGGGCGAGGUGGUAGAGGAAGAGGAGGAUAUAAAGGUGACGAUGUGCAGUGGAGCGACCCAAGGCCUCGUCAUAUCAGAGAGCCCAAGACGAGAGCACAGGAAGAUACCCUACAGAUUCGUGUUGAUGGGAAUGAACGUAGCGUGCAGCAUUCCUCAGGCGGAAGAGGAGGAGGGCCUUCAUCACAGGGUGGGCACAGUUCUGGUGGCGAGGGCCCGAUGCGCCAUCAUCAGCGGCCUGUUAGAGACCGAGGCGUGAAGAAGGAGAAGCCAGAUGCUCCCCCUCUGGUGAACGGAGUGUCGUAGAUUCAUCACUGGAGGACCUUCUCAAUUAGACACACAUUCAGAAACGAACUCACAGUCUUCUCACACACACACACACACACUCACACACACACAAACAACCGCUCAUUAACCAUCCACAGUUUUUCACUUUUUUCUUUUUUCUGUUUUUGUCAAUUGCAUCAUUAGACAGGAGCUUCCAUCAGCAUGGAAUGCUUAUUAUGAUGAAGACCACUGCCUGUCUGCUACCUUUGUGUACUGCUCAGUGUAGUGCAGCUGGCUGGUCUGGGACCGAAUGGGUGUUUUCCUCCCACAGUGAGAAAGCAAUGAAUCUAAUAUUCAGUUACAUGCAUCACUCUGCUAUAUUAGCUCAUUAAGCAACAUGGAUGCAGAACAUGCUAUCCUUCACUUUCUUUGCACCGUGAGGUUUCGUACAAGACCUUAGACUUGCUCAUUUAGACCAUAUAGUUGGGGGACAAUGAAGGCAACCCGUGACAGUUGUAUUGGGAGCACUGCGGCCCAAACACACUGUAGUCCGUAACCUUAGAACUGGCAAGGCGAUCUAAAGCAUGUGUGCUAAGUCACAUGGUAGUAUGAGGUGUCGGUGUCACCUGAUAUGACACAUCAAUACCAUCUUCUGUGUUUGUUUGUACAAAUAACAAUAUGGGACACACACAUUAACAGAAUGUCACUCACCUUCGGACUGUCCUCCUUGCGACAAAGGCGUAACAGCUUUUUCAUAUCUGUGGCUGCUUUUUGGACAAAUACACAAGCAAGGUGAAAGUUUAAGACCUGAUCUUGGACAGCAAACACACACACACACCAACAUAUUGACCCAAUAUGCUCAUUGACAUCUCAUUUUGGAAAUGUCUCUGCUCCCCUAACUGGACAUGCUUUUACAUCCCAGUUGGCUUGUUCGUUAAGCAGAUAAGCAUGAAUCCUCCCCAGUGGAUUUUUCCAUGCUCAGAUUGAGAAGACAAAUCAGUGUUGAGUUAAUUCAGGGUAGAUAAAACCCUUCAUUGAGUUCGAGAAGGAAACAUUUAUAGAUAAAACAUUUAGAUUUUUUAUUUACAGUAGUUUUCUUCAGUUGGAAGAACCUUGUUAAGUACACUACUUGGUUCCCUCCUAUGAUUUAGUUUGGAAUAGAUGUGCAAUUUUUUUGUGGCGCUUUUCAAGUGUCGCCACCCAUUUUUCCCAUCGUUUUGUCUCCCAUUGCCUCUGUAUGAGUCCCAUUGACCUUUUCAAUCGUAGAACACAUAUCCAUCCACAAAUCUGUAUCAGCUAACAUAAAUCCAUGGCACACAGAUGCAAAUCUACUACAACAAAAAGUCUACAUCAAGAUUGGACCAAAUACAUUUCUUUCUGUUGCCACAUGAAAGGUGUAACAAAUUCCUUCUUUACAAUGUGUCAUCCAUUUAAUAAUCCCUAAGUUUGUAAUAUAUAGCAAAUUUAACAAACGAUCGUAAAAAGCUUUUAAGGCACCCAGUUCUCCCAGUAAAUUCUUAAGAAUCUAGUAUGUGUAAUGCAAUGCUACGUCUCUGGCUUGUUGACUGAUGAUACGCAUCUGUCAUAGUCAUUCUGUUCCUGUUAUUUAUGUAUCACAUCCUGUUUUGGCAUCAUGCAGCCUGAAGUUUCCUGGUGUGUUUUGAUGAUUCAAGCUGAGCUCCAUUUCCUCCAUAAAAAUUCCUGCUGUGUCUGUCAGAAAAAGUAACGUAACUUUUAAACUAGAUUAUAAAACUAAUUUGGAUCCCAAUGCUGAGUCCAUUUUGCAGCUCCUCUGAGGCUUUUUAAAGGUUGUUUACAUCUCUGUGCCUUGGAAUUGUGCAUCUCUUUCUGCCCUUUUUACAAGCACCUGACUGAUGUAUAAUUUUGUUUCAACUUUUUAGGCCCAUGCAACAUUCUUUUCUGUGCCACUCUCUGGAUCUAUACAAGUCUCGUCCUCACAACCCAGUUUCUGAGGCCAGUAUUCCUUUCUCUUGUGCUUGCUUUUACAGAACUAUGAUUUGUGAUUCUUUUCAUUAAUCUUUAGCUUUCACACUGCAGCCAGGCUGCAUUUUUACAAUUAGCAUUUUCUGUAAUGCAUCAAGAAAGUGGUUUGAGUACAAAUAACCUUUUUACUGUCCAUAAAGCAUCAACAGAAUGAAGUUGUUUUGUGUUGUUAAAAAGGAGAGUUGGCAUACUGUGUAUAUAAUGAUGUCAUAAAUUGUCUGAAAAAAAGAUUUGUACUAUUGUUUCAAAUGUGCACUUAUCCUUAUUUUCUUUCUUUGGUUGCUGUUUGAUAUCAGUUAAAUGCUAGAUCUCUUUAUAAUAAACUUGCUGUACAAAAGUAUCCUCCAUAGCACGAUUGAGUCACAUUGAUAGUGAAUGUCCAAAGCGCUGCCGCAGAGGUCCAAAACUAGUAAAUAUUUACAACACAGAGGAAGAAUUUCACAUGAAACGAUGAAUAUAUGAUCCUAUACUGUAAAGUGUCUCAAGGAAUGUUAAGGAAGAAAACUAUUACUGCAUUUACUGUCCAUGAUGCAUUGACCUAAAAUUAAGUUUUAACAGUGUUUCAGCUGUAGGUUUUUAAUUUAAAAUGUAUGACUGACAUGAAGUUUUAAGUGGUUGUCAGAGGGGAAAUGCAUCAGGCCUGCUGGAAUUGUUUUGGACAAGCUUAAAUCAGUUUUCUCAAGAUUGCGUUGAUGAUUUUAAACUUGCUUUCCAUAUAGUAGCAAUCUAGACUAAAAUCAUUUCAUCUUUAAAUGUUGCCAGAUGCAUGCAGUCCUUUUAAUCAUUACACUUAUUGUUUGAGAUGUAUAGUGGAGAAAUUGCAAAAAAAAAUCUUGAACCUUCAUUUAAAAAUAAAACAAUCACAUUUACUAUCCAUUGUUGCGACAGAAUCAAAUAUUUGUGAAGAAAAAUAUUUUCUGGUUGUUUCAGCAUAGAAAACUAAAGUAUCUGACCUAACCGUCCAUUUCAUCAUUGAUCAGGAAAAUUAUGUGGUUCAUUAUAACAAAGCAUUUUUUUUACACCCAGGAUUAGUAAGAGGGAAGAAUUAAGCUGAUAUGCUAUGUCAGGUUACAUUCCAGUUCCAGUCAAAACAACAACAAAAAAAGGAUAAAUUUUUUUAAAGUUGAAGUCAACUUUUCAACAGUAAGAAUUUAACGUGUCCAUUGUUGUGUUUAUAGGGGUUAAUACUAACAAAUAGCGUUGCAGAAAGCAAAGUUUGUGCUAUAAUAGAAAAUGUACUUUGAGGAGGUGGGAAACUUGCAUGCUGCCCAUGUAUAGUCAGUAAGGAAAUGGUGCGAUGAAAUCAUCUUGGCAGAUAAAAGUGUCAUCAUUCUAACACUCAUUCUGGCAAGGUUUAUGCUAAUGUAUCCGUUAAAUGUUAGAAACAAACAAAAUGGAAACAAAACUAUUUGGAUGAGUAAACAUGACUGUGGUCAACUGAAGAAACCCGCAUGGAAAUCCUAAAAGGAAUACCACCAAUGACAAAAAUUUACAGCUGUUGAAUUUUGGAAAUGCAAAACUAUUAUCUUGCAGUUUCUGUUUAUAUUCUGGUAAACCCUGUGAAUUCAGCCUUGCUGUUACAAAAAAGAAGAAGAAAAACAUGAUGGUAAUGCUUCCUAAAGGCGUAUAACUAAUGAUUCAAUCCUUUGAAGACUUUUCUAUUGGUGUGUGUUAUUUACAGAUUGGCGGUUGUAUGUAAAUUAUUCCCUUAUGAAUAAUACCAACAAUAAUGAUAGCCUGGAUCAGAGGUGUGAUGGUUGAAUAAAACUUAAAAUAUUGGUAAAAUAUUUUCACUGGGCUAUUGUUAACUUGAUGUGACUUCAUCAUGGGGGGAAAUGUGUUAGUUUGACUUUUUGGGCAUUUUUCCACAAAAUGGUUCAACCAAAUUGGAGUAAAUGGAGGUGAACAUGGUUGUUUAAAUAUUAUAAAGUAUAGUUUGUAUGAAUGAAGAUGGUGUCUACCUGCUAACUGUUGCUCCAAUCUGAACAUUUCUGAGGAGUGUCUCACUGGUUUGCAAGACAAAUGUUAAUUAGAAUUAUAGAUGGUGGGGGACUAGAUUUAAAAAUGUCUCAGAUUUGUAUGAGUAAAACCUGAUUUUGACCAUUCUAAAUGACAAUAUUUAAUGACAGAUGGGUAAUGCAGCAUCAAGAUCCUGAAUUGCAUCCCUCAGUCAGCAUUCACUCCAUUGGGGGUUGGUUGCAACAUGUUUUCAACUGAAGAUGACCAACUUUGACUUGUUCUUGCUUGCCACGCUGCAGCAAAUAUUUCUUCUCACUCCAGAAUGUAUAAUGCAACAAAUACUAACUUGACACAUUGCUGGCUGUUUAACAGAAAAGCAGGAAGGCGAGAUGUAAAGAAAAAUCUGUACAUAUACUUAAACCAGGGUAGUCUAAAAAGCUGUAAAUCUUGUGAGCACUUUUGGGCAUUUUUUGUUUCCCUAUGUAAAUACUACUUACUAGCAUUUAAGGUGUCUGGGUUUACAUGUCUGGUUAUAGUGCAAUAUAUUUUGUAUGCAAGCAGUUUCAAUAAACAAAAUUUGAUCUUCUGAUAA